UUAACACCAGAAACCACAAUGUUCAGCAAGAGUUAUUUACUGAUAAGUUAGGGAAGUGGUACAUAAGAAACAAAAUUUCCAGGAAAGCAUUUGAAGAACUUUUGUGCAUUUUAAGAGAAGAGAAUUUAAAUGUACCAAAGAAAGCAGAAACAUUUUUGCUGAAAAUUGUUGAGAAACCCAUUAUAAGCAAAGUUCGUCCCGGCCUGUAUUGUCAUUUAGGCAUAAGAAGUCAAUUACAGAAAGUUGGUAAAUUUUUAUUGCGAUUAGACAAAAUAAUAAUUGAUAUAAAUAUUGAUGGCUUGCCCUUAUUUAAAAGCUCUCGAGCUCAGCUGAGGCCUGUUUUAAUAAGAAUUGUUAAUUCCCAAAAUGUGCACGUCCUUCCAGUGGGGAUUUAUAUUGGUCUUAAGAAACGGGAAUGUAUUUUGACGUAUUUGGAAGAUUUUGUGAAAGAAAUGAAAUACAUAGCAGAAAAUGGGAUACAAUUUGCAGAACAUAUUUUUAGUUUAGAAAUACGAGCCAUUGUUUGUGAUGCACCAGCGAAAGCUUACAUAUGUGGUAUACCAAGCCAUGCGUCGUUCCAUGGCUGCAGCAAAUGCACCCAAGUAGGCAAAAAAAUUGGAAAUGUUUUAACCUACAGUACUAAAUCAGGAGAUUUAAUAACAGAUGAUGAUUUUGAAAAUAGAAAGUAUUUGGAACACCAUCUCGUUAAUUUUAGAAAUACUAAAACACCAUUAGAAAUAAUCGGCGUUAAAAUGAUAAGCCAAGUGUCAAUAGAUACUAUGCAUUUACUAGAUUUGGGAAUUAUGCGGAAAUUUAUAUUACGAAUAUUGGAGGGAAAAACUAUCGUUAAAGUUAGCAAAAGGGAUAAGAUCUGCAUGUCGAAAAAGUUAGAGUCUUUGAAAACAUUUGUUCCACAAGAAUUUGUAAGGAAACCAAGAAGUUUCGAUGACAUAGCACACUGGAAGGCAACGGAGUUCCGCCAGUUUCUUUUGUACACUGGGAUUUUUGUUUUCAAAGACCUAAUUCCUGACGACACAUACUACGUUUUUCUACUCUUACAUUGCGCAUGUAGAUUGUUGUUAUGUCCUAAGAGCUACCAUAACAAUCUGGAGCCGGCAAAACAAUUGUUAAGGAGAACAAAAGAUAUACAUUGGAAAGCCUACGAAUACAAGGACAAAUCAACCUACAAGUUAAUUCGAGAAGAUCCAACAACAAAACUCCAACGAUUAAACAAUAACAUAAUAGCUGAACUUCACAAGAAAGACAUCAUAACAAAGUGGGAAAAAUCCAAACUGACAAGUAUUGCUGCAGCAGCUCCAGACCUUUACGGAUUACCAAAGAUACACAAAGAAAACAUUCCUUUAAGACCUAUUGCCUCAUCUAUCAAUGUACCCUGCUACAACUUAGCACAAUACAUUGAUUUGUUUGUACAUAAUUUUCCAAUUGUUUUCGGAGAUAGUAGCGUGUCCUACAACAUCCAUACUUUGCUACAUUUGGUGGAUAGCAUAAGAGACAUAGGUUUAAUGUCUGGUUCGUCUGCAUAUGAUUUCGAAAAUUAUUUACAAACAAUGGGAAAGUAUGUCAAAAAGCCCACGAAUAUACUACAGCAGAUUUUUAAAAGAGUUCAAUACGAAAGUUAUUUUAUCGAUAUCCCAAGUCAAGGUUUCAGAACUAUGAAGAAUAAAGGGGUUUGUUACUACUUCAAUAAAUGUCUUUAUACUUCAAAGAAACCAGACAAUUUCUGUUGCAUUAAACCAUAUAUUCCAAUUGAAAUUCAAAGAUUUGAAGAAGAAGGCGAAGAAAAGUUUGUCAUAGGUAAACGAUUAACAAAUAUAAUAAGUUAUUUGAAGGAGCCAAUGGAUUCCAUGAAUAUUGGUAUUUGCUGCGCCGAUGUAUCUUCUUUAGGUGAUGUAGAGAAAUUCUCAAUUUUAGAAAUAAAUUUCAAAUUUAUGUGUAUUUCUCACAAUGAUAAUGUUAACUUACUACCAAUUUUGCAUAGUUGUCUUUAG